AUGAAUGAGAGAUACAUGUACUACGUUAGCCUGCCGAGCAUCAUCUGCAACUACCCGUGUCUGUACGACCGCGGGAACCCUCAAUUCGGCAAUCGCCAACUGAAGGAUGAGCUGUGGAGCCACAUUGCGGAAAAGAUCAAUCACCGCGGCGGCAUAGAAUUGUUGGAGAGUCGGUGGAAGAACGUCCGGGAUCGGUACCAACGGUGCAAGAAGAAUAUGGAGACGGGAAAGAGUCAGUCCAUGUCGCCCUUGUUCGACUGCUUCACUUUCCUGGACCCAUUCAUCGUGGGAAGGGGACCUUCUGCCGUAAAACCGGUGACCCCAAUGGUGAGUAUGAGAGCCUCAUUCAGAACGGUCUAGCUCAGCUGCCUGUAGAGAUAUCACAAAGUAGUCAACUAGUAAAAUGUAGAAAUUCUCUCAAUGAGCAUUCCGUUAGUCAACUACUUUUUGAUAUCUUCAUUGACAGCUGAGAUAUAAUGUCUUGAUCCAACUGUUCUUUCAUGAUAACCUAUCAUUGCAGAGCUGCACAAAGGAAGCUUUCAAUGCGCGUCUCAUCAAGAAAGUGCGGGAGAAUCGGUGUCUCUAUGAAGUUAGCAAAGGAUGUCAUAAUGUGACGGAUCGGAAAAUGGCAUGGGAGACUAUAAAAGUCGAGAUGAACUUCAAAGAAGAUGUUGCUCAACUAGCGACUCUUUGGAAGCGUCUUCGGGAUAAGUACGUGAAGACGAAAGUGAGGGUGAGUUAUUUUGGAAUUAAAAUAUUCGUAAUGUAUACAUUUGUUUCAGAUGCAAAAGUAUCCGAGUGUGCGCCAAACUUGGGUCCAUUUCAAUCAGAUGACGUGGCUGGACAUGUACCUCGACAAGAACAGUCGAUCGAAUGGACCUCCUGCUGCCCAACGGAUCUACUACGAAGACAUUGCAGGAGUGCCAGAUGGAUACGAAGCGGUGUACGACAUGCCGGAAGAUCAUGGAGAUGAGCAGGAAGAAGUGCAGCAUGUGGAUGCAGAUGUUGCCGAUCAGAUGAUGGUGGAUAAUGCUGAACCGGUUGAAUGGAUUCAAGUUCCGGACGAUUGCGAAGUGAUCCCCGUUGUGCAGAAUGUGCAGCCAGAAGUCCAGUAUGAGCCGCAGAACGGACCAGUGUUGACGGAAGGGCGCAACGGUGUCAAAUACAUUGCAAUCAACGGUGAAAGGUACGCAUUGGUGCCCAUGGCAGGUGAGCGACAAGAUGAAGAGGCCGGGCGCAACGAGGAGAACAUCAAUGUGCUCCAGGAGCAAGGAGAACUGUAAGUUCCCAACUUGUUGUCCUUUUCAAUUGUUAACGUUUCAUUUUUCAGAUUCUACUCGCCUCCAGUACCGACGAAUUUUGAGCAGGUUGAAUACAGAACUGCCGGAGAAAGCGAGGAAAACGUCAAUGUGCUCCAGGAGCAAGGAGAACAGUAAGUUCCCAACUUGUUGUCCUUUUCAAUUGUUAACGUUUCAUUUUUCAGAUUCUACUCGCCUUCCGGACCGACCGAUUUUGAGCAAGACGAAUACGGAACUGCCGGAGAAAGCGAGGAAAACGUCAAUGUGCUCCAGGAGCAAGGAGAACAGUAAGUUCCCAACUCGUAGUGUCUUUUUAAAGUUUCAUCAUUUUUCAGAUUCUACUUGCCCCCAGGACCGACCUAUUUUGAGCAAGACGAAUACGGAACUGCCGGAGAAAGCGAGGAAAACGUCAAUGUGCUCCAGGAGCAAGGAGAACAGUAAGUUCCCAACUCAUAGUGUCUUUUUAAAGUUAGCAUCAUUUUUCAGAUUCUACCCGCCUCCAGUACCGACGAAUUUUGAGCAGGUUGAAUACAGAACUGCCGGAGAAAGCGAGGAAAACGUCAAUGUGCUCCAGGAGCAAGGAGAACAGUAAGUUCCCAACUUGUUGUCCUUUUCAAUAGUUAACGUUUCAUUUUUCAGAUUCUACUCGCCUUCCGGACCGACCGAUUUCACACAAGAUGACUACGACAGUUUGCACCUGGAGGUGUACUGA